CCAAAAAUCGCACAAUAACGGUUUUUUCUCAACAUAAACCGUUACAACAACGUUAUUAACUUCAAUACGAUACAUGCCAACCAUACGUUCGCAAAUUUCCACUACAACGUUGAGAAUUUGCAUUCAAUAGUAUACAAGUCGAUUCACAAUCGACUAGUCGUUAUAAAAAAAAUGGUAAGGUAAAUGUUUGAAAUUUCAAUAAUUACCAAAUUUGUCUUCCUAAGUCGAUCGCUAGGCCGAGUUCUACGCGACAGGUAUCUAAUUUUUGUGGCGGCGUUGUGUCAAUUUAAAAAAAACGACUUGCGCUCACACUGAUUCAAUUACAAUGAGGUUUGCUCUGAAAAGGGUCCGUUAAUUAUCAAGACUGUCGACGACAAGUAAUUUGCAUGUCGCGAUAUGUUCGUAUAAUGUAUAACGUACAACGACCACGAGGGCAUAAGUGUAUCAAUAAAAAUUACGCAAUUCGACGAAUAAACGGAAUUAUAUCUCGGAAUUUCAGUCAGCAACAUCGUGCCUCAAAAUUCCGAUGCAAAAUGUUUUUUCAUCCUCGGAUAUCACUUUGGAAAUUUAUGACGUACAUGAAAAUUCCAAGGUACGAUGUUGUUUUGCUCAGUCGUCGAGUUGAUAACUCAUAGUCGAGCCAAUCCCAGAUACGAUUAUAUUUCUCAUUUCAUCAUAUAUUUGUAUAAUACUUUUACAUAAUUUCAAAUUCGAAGUCCGUGAGCCAGUGUACCUCUCGAACGUAUUAACUUUCUGAUAGUUUGGGGAAUUCUUAUCUUCUGUCUUAAGCUGAUAAUUACUUUUUGUAUCACGUGCACGGCUUUCGCGUUUUCUUGAUUCAUUAAGCGGGAGUAACGCGACCGUUUUUCCUCGAAUCGACUUGCGGGCGUUUUCAAUAUUUUCAAGAAAAUUAUCAAUAACUGAGAUAAAAUAUGUUUAUUCUCCUAAUCAAACUGAUUAAGAAAUAUCUGACCACUCUUUCUAAUAAGCGAAAUGCUUUCAAAUAAUCAAUAAGUCCGUGGUUGCCGUGUCGGGAAACGGUCACAUAAGCCCAGCUUAAUAUGCCCAAAAGCGCAAAAAUCCAUACAUGUGUUAGAAAAUAUAUGGUGUGGAUCAAAGGCCAAGAGGGCUUUACGCCUAUGGUACAUGAUAUACGGAGAUUAUUGGUUCCGGUUGAAAUCGUAGUUUACGCAACAAGGGCGUAAAGCGAACUUUUUCGCACAAGUGUCACGCCGAUAACACGAGUGUAAAAAUUCAACGCCCGAAUUGCAUGCAAUAUUUUUCGGAUUCUGGGAGUACCUAAGGUUCGCGUGUAUGGUGUCGAUUGCUGAGUGAAAGUGAAGUUUGGCUUCUCAUUUUACACACACUUUCAAAACUUUACACACCGUGUACGAAAAGGUUUACCUUACGCCCAUAAAUCGUCACUUAACUUUUUCAUUUUACUGCCAAGUUCUAUCACUUUGAGAUAUUGCAUUCAGCCGUUUUCGAAAUUAAUGCGAAAGUGCGUCAGACAGACUGACACAUUAUUCCCGCUUCAUGCUGAUCAACUGUACCGCGGAAAAAAUUUUUUUCCUUAUUGCUUUCUCUUAUCAUAUUACUGAUAAACUUAGACUUCGUGUAACUCUGUUGUUACAGGCGAUGUCGAUACGUCUCUUUUAUCCGUAUUAUGAAUCCAUAUAAAUGGACUGGCGGGAUUGUUCCGGUUAGUUGGUAAGCAAAGUCGGUUGAGCACGUACAAAGUAAAGCUGUGUGAUAUUCUCAAUGAAUCGCUGGAUCGGAAAAGUCGCUCUGGUCACGGGGGCCAGCGCCGGUAUCGGUGCUGCAACGGUAGAGGCUCUUGUCCGAGAGGGUCUCAAGGUCGUAGGAAUAGCCAGGCGAGUCGAGAAUAUCGAGAAACUCCGCGAAGAGCUUAAAGACGAGAAAGGGGAACUGUACGUGAGAAAGUGCGACGUCUCGAAGGAGGAGGAAAUCCUCGCGGUUUUCGAAUGGAUCGAGGAAAACCUCGGCGGCGUCGACGUCCUCGUUAACAACGCCGGGCUGAUGCACGCGGCAAGUCUGACCGACGGAGACACCGAAGGGUUUCGCCGUUUACUGGACGUCAACGUCCUGGCAGUUGCCGUGUGCACGAGAGAAGCCGUGAAAUCGAUGAAAGCGCGUCACGUCGACGGUCACAUCUUCAACAUCAACAGUGUCCUGGGUCACUACGUCUUUACGGCCAGCGAUCGCUGGAGCUUGUAUCCGAGUACUAAGUUCGCGGUAACAGCAAUGACCGAGGUAACCAGGAAGGAACUGAUCAUGGCGAACACGAAGAUCAAGAUAACCAGCAUCAGUCCAGGAUUCGUUAAGACGGAAUUGGUCACAGUUGCCAGUUCGGAGUCGUGCUACAAGGAGAUGCUCAGUAUUAAUCCAUCCUUGAACCCGGAGGACGUCACUAGCGCAAUUAUCUACGCUCUAGGCACUCCGGCACAUGUCCAGGUCUGCGAGCUUAUACUACGUCCAGUCGGCGAGACAAUGGCUUGAUCGACUUUACAAUGCAAUGUACCUACGCCCUGGGAGUCUGUAAAAUUAUGUGAGCUGUUUUAAUUGUUGAAUAAACAAUACGUUUUGUAAUGUAGGCUUGCUAAGAUGAUCAGCAGUAAUAAUAAUAUUUUAAGUAAAUAAAAUUUUAUCACUGGUGUAAAAGA